AUGUUUGAAGAUCAGCAACUUUUAUCCUUUGAUUAUAGCAAUACAAGUAGUGGUCUUGUAUAUUACCGAAAGGAAGCCGCCAUCAGUGGUGGACUUUUCGACCCGUACGCAUACUUCGAGGGACAGCAUUUCAUGACUUCAUCAAUGGAAACUAUAUCCAGGGGUCAGUUUGACAAAAGCAUCAGCCUUCUACUAUGUCGGGAUUUACCAUUUGCUGCAGUUCAAGAAGGCCUAGUUAUCGAAAAGGACCGCAUUGUCGCUCCCUUGACCAUAGCUGUUGGAACUUAUUCAUUGUGGGUACCCAAGCAUACUCUCUAUCGUUAUGAGUCAUUUUUUAUUCUUCCUAUUCUAAGUGUAGCAGGGUCUCGAGAAGAAACAUUCAUACGUUUGCUGUUGGCUCAAAAGCUCUUAAACCUCGCCAAUAGCAGCCUUGCAUUCUAUCCGAUAGAAUCGAAUACAAGCAGUGGUUAUGGUGAUGCAAAAAUCGAUCACAGAACACCAGAGUUGAUCAAUGUAUCUGCUUUUCUUCGUUCCUGGAAAUGUCCACAUAGUAAAUUACCUGAUUGCAUGGUGCUGCUAAUAGAGGAGUUUGUAGAUAAACGCUAUCUGGAUGAAGACUGGCUCUUACUAACCUCCUACUGGGUGAAAGAACUCAGCAAAAUCUCGUACAGAUUCCCUUCAGUUCAUGAGCCAAAUUUUGACUGUCUUUACUUACUGGACGAGCCAUCCAGAAGGCAGAACUGUAGACGUUCAAGCAUCUACUUCCCAAACUUUUCAGCUGCUAACAUGAAUAAAUUACGUAAUUGGAGGAAAAAGACACUCAGUGAUCUGAGCAAAUGGUGUGCUAAAGCGCACUGCUAUAGCGGGGAGUUUCCGGAAAUCAUUUUUCCAUUCAACUACAUCCACAUUUCUCGUGUAGAGCUGAUGAAGGGGAUCUUUUUCAACUACUGCCUCUCAAAAGCCAAGGAGCUUAAUCUGCGAAAUGUAAAAGGAUAUUUCCUGGCUGGGGAUGACGCCAUCUUCAACUUUUGGCACAAGCUUGAUUUGAGCGAGAUUCUGUUUCCCGUUGACGGAGGUGAACUGUUUCAAAGAAACUGGUGGUGGACUUCAAGAUAUGGAAAGAGAGCGACAAAGCGUGCAUCUCGCAUUUUUGAAGAAAUGUCGAGAGUAAACAAUAAAAUCAAAAGAAUCUUAGCCUGUUACCAAAAAGGGCUGAUUGAGAAUGGUUAUAAUGAAGAUGCGCUUGUUCACAUUGCUCGUGACACUAGCAAAACGCUAAGUGAUUUUUUUUAUGUCCCCCAAAAAAGAUUGGUCUAUAUCGCAGAGGUCAUUGAAGUGUUCUUCGAAGCUGGUGUGUUUGUCGAGCUCACAAUGAUGAAGAUUCUGCAGACUGUCCUGCACAUCAGGCCUGAUCUAAGUCGAUUCGUCUAUCUACCCUACCACUACCGUCGUAUCUGGUAUGAGUUCUACGAUUCGGAAAAAAUCAUGGUCCAUCCAAUCAAAAUCAAUAUUGCUGGAGCGAGGUUCUGCAGCACAGUGGUGAAAACCUUCCAAGAAGUUCUGAUUCCGCAAUUAAAAUCUUUUAAUAUGAGAUAG